AUGUCGGUGACUCUUAGCAAUGUAUCGCUAAAUGGAACGAGCCACUCAAUUCAAAAUCAUGGAAUUAUGGAUAUGCCCAAAGGACAAAAACCUUUGAAUAUCUUUCUUUUCUGUUUGACUUUUAUUAUUACAUUCACAGCCUUGCUGGGUAGCAUCUAUUCACUGGUAUCUCUGCUGAGAUUGCAGAAUAAAAGUACCAUCUCAAUGAUCGUGACUUCAUUGACUGUGGAUGAUUUGAUCAGCGUGGUGCCCGUGACCAUCUUCAUGUUCAAGCAGUGGCUGGAUGAGAUGCUUCCCCAGACCUUGUGCACGACUUCGGCACUGCUGUACUUAUUCCAAGGCUUUUCGAGCAAUCUUAUGGGAUCUCUUGUAGUUUCGUAUAACUUCUACAGCCUCCACAAAAUGGGAACUAGCCAAGGAACUACCAAAAGGCCAGUGAGCAUGAUAUGGGCCAUUCUCACUAUCUGGAUUGUCAGCUUGCUGAUCUGCAUUUUGCCUCUGUUUGGCUGGGGUACCUAUUCCCCCACCUCCUGGGGAUGCUUUACUGACUGCACCAGUUCUUAUGUCUUGUUUCUUUUUGUCAUUUACUCACUGUGUUUCUGUCUCCUUGUUGUACUCUCCAUUCCUCUUAUUUAUCAGCUGUUGUGUUCAGAUGAUCAACAGCACCUUUACAAUGAUUAUCAUCAAAUCGUCCGAGGUUAUUUCUCUCCUGGGUCACCUCCAAUUGGUAGUCACGUAUUGUCCCUUUCUCCAGAAGACCCAGGGAAUAGACUCUCAAGGCACUGCCAAGAUGCUUGUCGGAACUCUGGCCAAAGUCCCAUGGACAGCUGUGGAGUGGAUCACUGUGGCACACCCAAUGUGCCAUACCCCAGCAGAACUUUCACUGUGGAAUUUGCUCAGAAGCGCUUCUCACUGAUUCUGGCUCUGAUAAAAGUCAUUCUUUGGCUCCCAAUGAUGAUACAAAUGGUUGUUCAACACACGGUUGGAUUUCAAAGCUUUUCCUUUGAGAUAUUCAGUUUCCUGCUAACUUUGCUUGCUGCCACGGUCACCCCAGUGUUUGUUUUGUCAGAAUACUGGAGCCACCUGCCUUGCGGUUGUAUCAUUAACUGCAGGAGGAAUGUCUACACAGUAUCCUCGCAAGAAGGCAAGCCCAAAAGAAGAGGCUUUGAAUUCAAUCUGUCAUUUCAGCAAGGUUAUGGAAUCUAUAAGAUAUCCCAUGACAACCACCAUAGUGAUGAUGGCAACUCUAUAUCAUAUCACAGCUUGCUGAACUAUGAUUGCGAGAAUACAAAAGAAACUCAAAGGGAUAACAGCAAAAUUGAAUUCAGCACCAUUUCCCUGGAGGACAGCUCCAUGCUUAAAGACACUGCAAAGUGCAAAAAAACAGUUGGGACUGACACGAAACAAGACCUUGGCAAGGAUAAAAUUACAGACCGCCUGCCUUCUGACAAAACAGGAACUCAUAAAAGAGAAGAGGUCAGGAAUAUCGAGAAGGGUACUUUUUUUGAAGGUCAGGAAAGAAGGCUUUCUCAUGAGGAAGGUCGGAAACCAGAACUCUCAGACUGGGAGUGGUGCAGGAGUAAAUCUGAAAGGACCCCUCGACAGCGUUCAGGUGGUUCCUUAGCUAUUCCUUUGUGUGCAUUUCAAGGGACCGUAUCUCUCCAUGCGCCCACAGGAAAAACCCUCUCUUUAUCGACAUAUGAAGUAAGCACUGAAGGACAGAAAAUAACACCCACAUCCAAAAAAAUUGAAGUGUAUCGCUCGAAGAGCGUGGGUCAUGAGCCAAACCCUGAGGAUUCCCCAACCACGUUUGCUGACACAAGUGUGAAGAUUCAUUUAGAGGUGCUUGAAAUUUGUGACAAUGAAGAAGCUAUGGAUACAGUGUCAAUCAUCAGUAAUAUCAGCCAAUCAUCUACCCAAGUCCGGUCUCCAUCCUUGCGUUAUUCACGGAAAGAAAACAGAUUUGUGUCAUGUGAUUUAGGAGAAACGGCUUCCUACUCACUCUUCAUACCAUCAAACAAUCCUGACAGCGAUAUUAACAUAUCAAUCCCCGACACUGUGGAAGCUCACAGGCAAAACAGUAAAAAGCAACACAUGGAAAAAGAUGGUUAUCAGGAAGAGAUACAAAUGCUGAACAAAGCUUACAGGAAAAGAGAAGAAGAUGGGGGCAGUGCUUAA